UUUCGGCUUUGUAAAUCCAAAAUGGCCGAAUUUAGUUCACCAGGAACGCCGACUGGACGCCACGAAAAAUCGCUGGGUUUACUCACCACAAAGUUCGUAAAUCUCCUACAAGAAGCCAAGGAUGGUGUCCUUGAUCUUAAAAUGGCGGCCGAUACCCUGGCUGUGCGGCAGAAAAGGCGGAUUUACGAUAUCACGAAUGUUUUAGAAGGCAUCGGAUUGAUUGAGAAAAAAUCGAAAAAUAGCAUUCAAUGGAAAGGUGCUGGCCCAGGUUGUAACACCCGAGAGAUUUCGGACAGGCUAGUUGUUUUAAAACGUGAGCUGGAGGUGCUUGACGAGAAGGAGAGAGUUCUUGAUGAACACAAAUCUUGGAUACAGCAAAGUUUAAAGAUCGUUUCAGAAGAUUUCGACAAUGAGAAAUUAGCGUUUGUUACGUACGAGGAUCUCUGUCAUUGUUUCCGUGAUGAUACGCUUCUGGCAAUUCAGGCCCCAGCUGGCACAGAGCUGGAAGUUCCAAUACCAGAGAAGAAACUAGGAAUUGACAGAAGAUAUCAAAUCCACUUAAAAAGUCAUACUGGUGAAAUCAACGUCCUUCUCGUGAACCGAGAUCCCACGAAUAACAGGCCCGUGGUCACUCCCGUUCCCCCACCCAUGUCCAUGUCGACCACGCCCCACAACACCAAGGAAAUACCCACGGCCUUCGCCACGGAAAAAGUCGUCACGGUGGCUGAGAAACCAGCCGAAGUCGAGAAGAACAUCAAAAGACCGCUACCGAUGGAAACAAGUACUACAGAGAAUGAACUAAAGCAAGUGGCAAAUGAAAUAAUAUUCUCCAAUGAUAUCAAACAAGAAGAAUCACUAGACGUAGCUAUGAUUGAAGAUCUUGUGUCCGCAGAAGUCUAUGCCCCCCUCCUACAGCUUUCCCCACCGGCUGGGGACUCCGAUUACACGUUCAACCUCGCGAGUUCCGAAGGCGUAUGUGAUCUCUUCGACAUCCCUAACCUGGACAAUAUAACACAAUUCCCAAGCGUGUCGGCGACAUAGCAAACAGUCAUGCAUCCAGAGCCUGCAAACAUCCAUAGAGAUCACUGACACUGUUGGCUCCUAUCGUAUGCAUGUACUGUUGUAUAGCGUUAUAAAGCGAGCUCCGUGAGUGUAACUGGACCGUUCUCCUAGGUAUUUAUCUCGAAGGGCUCAAAUGAUAUUGAAUGGUAUUGACCCAAGUUAAGCAAAAUUUUGAAAGAAUUUAAUAAAAGUCUAUAUAUUUGUCAUGGCUUGAAAGAGCAAUACAAAAUUAGUAAAUUCGCAUGCAAAAUGUGAAAAUAUGCUCUUUAAAGUGUUUGCAAAUGAAUGAAUUUUCCUUGAAUAAUAUUAACGCAAAAUUGUAGCAAAUAUAUUUCCUUUGUUUUCCACAUCUUACAAUAUUUCGCGAUCAAACUUUAUUUGCGAGUUGAGAUGCUCUUUCCAGCUAUGUUAAAAAAACCUCCUUUUUUUCUUAAGAUCCUUUUUCAAACUUUUGUUUAAUGCCCGAUGUUUUCAUAUCACGUUAUGGACUCCAGUUACAUAUAUAGGGCUCACUUAACUUGUGUUUUAACAAGCUGCAAUAAGAAAAACAAAGGCGAAGAAAGCCUGUGUUGUUUAAGUAUAUUAUGAAGUUUUUUA